AUGCCAGCCGCUCGUAAAAGCAUCCGCGUCGUCUGCAGAUUGGAGCGCAGAGGUAAGGUCGCAGAGCAAUUAAAGCGUGCCGACGUCGUGGUGCUCACAUAUGCAUGCGAUCGACCUUCGACGCUGAGCCGCCUUAGCUCGUUCUGGCUUCCCGAGCUUCGCCGAUUAGGGAUCGAGGCACCAGUGAUUGUGGUUGGUUGCAAGCUAGAUCUGCGAAAAGAGGAAUUUAAUUUAACCGAUGAAAUUGUGCCGCUCAUGCAGCAGUUCGGGGAGACCGAAGCUUUCAUUGAAUGUUCGGCAGCUCACUUCAGGCAGAUUCAAGAAGUAUUUAACUAUGCACAAAAGGCAACCCUUCACCCAUCAGCUCCAUUGUUUCAUCGUGAAACCCAGGUUUUAAGACCUCGAUGCAAGAGAGCACUGAAGAGGAUAUUUAUUCUUUUUGAUCAUGAUAAGGAUGGUGCUCUUAAUGAUGAAGAGCUCACUAACUUUCAGCAGGUUACAUGUUUCGGUUAUCCUUUGCGACUUGCUGAUGUAGUGAGCAUUAAGAGUUUGGUACAAGAGAAGUUGCUUGGUAUUACCAUAGAGGGCUUUCUUUUCCUUCAUGUUCUAUUUAAAGGGAAAGGCCAAGUAGAUAACACAUGGACUGUUUUAAGAAAAUUUGGUUACAACGAGGAGCUAAAACUUAGGGAUGAUUACUUAUCAGUUCCCAACAAAAAGUCUCCAGAUCAGAGUGUUGAAUUGACAAGUGAAGCUAUAAAAUUUCUUAAGGGAAUCUUCAGCAUAUUCGAUGAUGAUAAAGAUGGAUUUCUUAGCGAUGGUGAGCUUGAAGAUCUAUUUUCAACUGCACCAGAGAGUCCAUGGGAUGAAGCUCCUUAUAAGGACGCGGUCCUGAGAACUCCGUCGGGUGGAUUAUCUCUUUCUGGAUUUCUAUUAGAGUGGUCUUUGAUGACAUCGCUUGAUCCAGCUCAAAGUGUAGUAAACUUAAUAUAUGUUGGCUACAAAUUCAAUGCAGCAUCAGCUCUUCACAUCACUACGAGAAGAUCAAUAGAUAAAAAGAAGCAACAGACUGACAGAAAUGUUUUCCAAUGCUACGUCUUCGGACCUAAAAAAGCUGGGAAGUCUGUAUUUUUUACUUCAUUGUUGGGAAGACCUUUUCCUGAAAAUUACAUUCCGACAGCUGACAAACAAUAUGCUGUGAAUAUUGUUAAUCGGCGUGGGGGCAAUAAGAAAACUCUCAUACUUCGGGAGAUUCCAGAAGAUGGAGCUAAGAGACUAUUGUACAAUAAGGAAUGUCUGGCUGCUUGUGAUGUAGCUGUUUUCAUGUAUAACAGCUCAAACGAGUCUUCUUUUAAAGGUGCAACAGAAUUGCUCUCACUCGUUGCCAGGCUAGGGGAAGAGACUGGUUAUGGGAUGCCUUGCCUUCUCAUUGCAUCUGAAGACUAUCGUGAUUCUAAUGCGAAAGUGAAAAAUGAUUCCGCAAAGAUUUGUCUGAAUAUGGGGAUUGAUGCACCUAUUCACAUGAGCAUGAAGGAUAGAGAUAAAAAUGACGUAUUCUCAAGAAUAAUAAAUGCUGCCGAGCGCCCUCAUCUGAGCAUACCCGACACUGAUAUUGGCCGCCGCCAAAAGCAGUAUCGCCAGCUUGUCACACAUCCAGCCACACCUCCCAGUUGGAGCUGCUGCUACUUUUGUUGGGCUGGCGGCAUUUCGAGCCUAUGUAGCAAGAACGAACAACUCAGGUUAGUUUUGGCGUUGGGCUUGGGUAAAUAUCUUUGCGCAUUUUGGGAGUCUUAG